AUGACACAAAUAAAAAAGUUCAGCAAUCAGAUAAAGGGAUACAAUAAUAAAAUUGAAAAAACGCAUGAGAAGUUUCAUUUACCCAUCCAAAAAUCAUCAUCAUCAUCAUCAUCAUCAUCAUCAUCAUCAUCAUCAUCAUCAUCAUCAUCAUCAUCAUCAUCAUCAUCAUCAUCAUCAUCAUCAUCAUCAUCAUCAUCAUCAUCAUCAUCAUCAUCAUCAUCAUCAUCAUCAUCAUCAUCAUCAUCAUCAUCAUCAUCAUCAUCAUCAUCAUCAUCAUCAUCAUCAUCAUCAUCAUCAUCAUCAUCAUCAUCAUCAUCAUCAUCAUCAUCAUCAUCAUCAUCAUCAUCAUCAUCAUCAUCAUCAUCAUCAUCAUCAUCAUCAUCAUCAUCAUCAUCAUCAUCAUCAUCAUCAUCAUCAUCAUCAUCAUCAUCAUCAUCAUCAUCAUCAUCAUCAUCAUCAUCAUCAUCAUCAUCAUCAUCAUCAUCAUCAUCAUCAUCAUCAUCAUCAUCAUCAUCAUCAUCAUCAUCAUCAUCAUCAUCAUCAUCAUCAUCAUCAUCAUCAUCAUCAUCAUCAUCAUCAUCAUCAUCAUCAUCAUCAUCAUCAUCAUCAUCAUCAUCAUCAUCAUCAUCAUCAUCAUCAUCAUCAUCAUCAUCAUCAUCAUCAUCAUCAUCAUCAUCAUCAUCAUCAUCAUCAUCAUCAUCAUCAUCAUCAUCAUCAUCAUCAUCAUCAUCAUCAUCAUCAUCAUCAUCAUCAUCAUCAUCAUCAUCAUCAUCAUCAUCAUCAUCAUCAUCAUCAUCAUCAUCAUCAUCAUCAUCAUCAUCAUCAUCAUCAUCAUCAUCAUCAUCAUCAUCAUCAUCAUCAUCAUCAUCAUCAUCAUCAUCAUCAUCAUCAUCAUCAUCAUCAUCAUCAUCAUCAUCAUCAUCAUCAUCAUCAUCAUCAUCAUCAUCAUCAUCAUCAUCAUCAUCAUCAUCAUCAUCAUCAUCAUCAUCAUCAUCAUCAUCAUCAUCAUCAUCAUCAUCAUCAUCAUCAUCAUCAUCAUCAUCAUCAUCAUCAUCAUCAUCAUCAUCAUCAUCAUCAUCAUCAUCAUCAUCAUCAUCAUCAUCAUCAUCAUCAUCAUCAUCAUCAUCAUCAUCAUCAUCAUCAUCAUCAUCAUCAUCAUCAUCAUCAUCAUCAUCAUCAUCAUCAUCAUCAUCAUCAUCAUCAUCAUCAUCAUCAUCAUCAUCAUCAUCAUCAUCAUCAUCAUCAUCAUCAUCAUCAUCAUCAUCAUCAUCAUCAUCAUCAUCAUCAUCAUCAUCAUCAUCAUCAUCAUCAUCAUCAUCAUCAUCAUCAUCAUCAUCAUCAUCAUCAUCAUCAUCAUCAUCAUCAUCAUCAUCAUCAUCAUCAUCAUCAUCAUCAUCAUCAUCAUCAUCAUCAUCAUCAUCAUCAUCAUCAUCAUCAUCAUCAUCAUCAUCAUCAUCAUCAUCAUCAUCAUCAUCAUCAUCAUCAUCAUCAUCAUCAUCAUCAUCAUCAUCAUCAUCAUCAUCAUCAUCAUCAUCAUCAUCAUCAUCAUCAUCAUCAUCAUCAUCAUCAUCAUCAUCAUCAUCAUCAUCAUCAUCAUCAUCAUCAUCAUCAUCAUCAUCAUCAUCAUCAUCAUCAUCAUCAUCAUCAUCAUCAUCAUCAUCAUCAUCAUCAUCAUCAUCAUCAUCAUCAUCAUCAUCAUCAUCAUCAUCAUCAUCAUCAUCAUCAUCAUCAUCAUCAUCAUCAUCAUCAUCAUCAUCAUCAUCAUCAUCAUCAUCAUCAUCAUCAUCAUCAUCAUCAUCAUCAUCAUCAUCAUCAUCAUCAUCAUCAUCAUCAUCAUCAUCAUCAUCAUCAUCAUCAUCAUCAUCAUCAUCAUCAUCAUCAUCAUCAAUGUCGAUUGUGGUGAUUUUGAUGGUACUUUUUCUUUACAUUAACUGGUGA